ACGGUAACGCAGGCGUCCAGCGAGUUCUGUUUCAUAAACAGCGAGAGAUAAAGGUGUCCAGAGCUCCGGUGGGAAGAGUCAUGAAAUAUGGCCGUUGUCUUUAACGAGACAACACAGUUGGUGUCUGAUUUAGGUGCGUCAUGAAAUUACAAUUUUAAAGGUUUACUGCUGGGAAGUUUGACUUUACGUUACGUGAAUAGCAUAGCUUCUCCCUCGACACGCAGCCGUCUCCUUGACUUCCCCUCCAGCCUCCUGCCGUCUCUCUCAUGGGGAGCCGGAGCUGACCUUUUGCCAGGAAUGGAGGUGGCCCCGUCUGGCCCGCAGACGCUCUCGGAGCCCCACAGGCGAGGGACGCCUCUGCCCCUGAGCCAGCUGGUGGAGGAAACCAGGAGCGCAGCUAGCAUCCCCAAUCAUCUGCUGGAAUCGAAAAUCUAUACCCAACUCAACGGCAACAGUCAGAUCCAAGCGGAGCCUGCGGAGCUGCACUUCACCGGGUUUGAGCUGGGCAAGAACUACACCAAGAUCCUGAAACUCGUCAACAUCUCAUCCGAGGUGCUGGACGUUCAUAUAAUCCCAACCCUGACGAAGCACUUCCAGACGACUUACACCAAAAAGUGUCGCCUCAUCCCCGGCCUCGCCUACACCCUGAAGGUGGCCUUCUGCCCGGCGGAGUGGCGCUACUUCUACGACUGCGUCCGCGUUCACUGCAAGGGUGAAGAGAACCUCUUAAUUCCAGUUCACGCGUACCCCGUCAUCGAUGACCUGCACAUACCCCCCCGCAUCGACCUCUCGGCCGUACCGCUCGGACAGAGCGUUCGUCACGCAAUUCCUCUGAGAUGCAGCUGUCCGAUUGACUUUGAGUUCCAGGUGUACGUUAUUCAGCCGCACGAGGCCUUCUCCAUCCACCCCCUCAUAGGUGUGAUACCAGCCAACGGAGAAGCAAAGAUCACCGUGACGUUCUCUCCUGUCCGUUAUGAGACAUCUCAGUUCACCUUCCAGCUGGUUGUCUCCCAGUUCAACACCAAGCCCUACCUGUGCACCGUCACCGGGAGCUCCAGCCCUCAUUUAGCACUCAGUUUGAUCCCGCACGAGUUGGACAGAAGGCCACAGGACCGGGCGUCGGCUCCGGCAGAGUCCGCAGGACGUCCGGCUCCUGCUCAACGACCUCCCAGCCGUAAAAGCAGGCAGAGCUGGACCAGAGAGGCUGACAGGUUGAAGCCUGUAAAAGAUCAGCUGGGCGUUCAGCACCGGCCGCCACCCUCGAUGGCUGCCUGUACCCCUGCAGGGGUGGCAAAGAUGCUCAUCAGAGACAUCAAUAAACUCCAUUCAAAAGACCUAAAGCAAGCCUUGUCCUGCGGCAGCAUGAAAGGGAAGCAAAGCAGGCAGAUGAAAGAGGCGCUCUUCAUGAAAAAGGUCCAACAGGCCGCAGGGCACAUUCAUCAGGGUAUGGAGCCGGCGUCGGAGGCGAGGCUGCGGCAGGUUCUGGAGGAAAGAGAGGCGGCUCUGCAUGAAUACAUGGUCCAAAAAGGAGACGGGAGACAAGAGGAAGCCUUCGCUCCUGAGCAGACCCAACUUUCCUCUCGACGGAUGCUCCGUGAUGCGAGACAGGGUCCAGACGGGGAACCGGACUUCCAGCUGUACACCAGUAUUCCCUGGGAGCUGAAGCAGAGGGCCCUCACGCUUUUUCAGCAGGCGGCCCGGAAGGUAGCGAUUCGAUGCCGUGUGCAGCACAGACUGGCCUCUCUGAAGGAGCUGGCAGACAGUAUGGAGAACGUUAAGGACCAAACAUGUGACUUUGAAGUAUCUCUUUCCAAUGUGUUUCCAUCCUCCUUCCCCAUUUUCUCCCUGGAGGAUAAUCCCAUGGCUCUCAGGAAUUUGGAGGCGCUGCCUGUGGAUCCCAUUGAUGUGACGGUGACAGCAGACAUUCCUUACUUCAAGCUGCAGGUUCCCCAGCACUAUAAGCUCAUGGGUUACCAGCCUGUGUCCGCUUGGGAAGCAUUUAACUCCUACGUUCCCACAACACCGGCCAGGCCUCUUCGUGCCGGAGCCCCUGCCAACAUUCUCUGCGCGACGGAGCUCAACGCUGGACUGAGUGAAGAGGAGCCUGCAGCGACGAGCGAGACGGCUAGACUCUCCUUCAGUACUCCUGAAGCUCUGAUCAGGCCUCUCCCUGCACACCCUCUGAGAAUCUUUAAUCCAGCCCCGGGACUUCAGACUUAUAACCCACAGCCUAAGUACCUGGACAGCGACUUGGAGUCUCACCUCUGUCCUCUGCCGGGGUAUGCUCACCGUGGGAGCGACGCCUCUGGCUUAAUGACCCCGACUCCACACACUCAGGUUCUCCGUCAUGAGGAAACAAGCUGCGGGAUCGUGAGACGGAGGGAUUCUGAUUCAGUCUCUAACGAGUCCCUCAUUAGCAGCCCUCCCCGUAGGUCCACCGACUACAACGCAGGUAUCCUUCCUCUCUCCGCACCUCCGUCUGUCGCCGCCCUCCCCGAUGAUCUCCCGCCGCUAACGGAGGCCUCGUGUGCCGGUUCGGGGGUCCAGCUAACACCAGAGAUGAUUAGAGCCGGGUUCCUGAUGAGGAACCCCCCCCUCGCUGCAGGAACAAGAGCCAGGCUGGAGGUGACCCACAGGUCUGAGAUCAACCAGAUGCAAACAAGACUGAUGACCAGACUGAAACAGCUAGAAGGAGAGGAGCGCGAAGGCAAAACCGCUGCACACACACAUCCUCCCCGGGAAUAAACACCACCGCUUUUUUUUUUUCCGGAAGGCACAUUAUUCAGCCGCCAUCCUACUCAGCCCCAUGCAAGACUCUCCUUUGUCUGUUUUUGCAACUUCUGUAAAAUGAAACCCAGUUACUUUCUCGCCCACCUGUAAAGCUUCUUCCUGCCCACUCAAAAUUGCCUAUAAGCCUCCCUUCUGAGCUCUCAGAAAGGCUGGAACUGUGUUAUCCCUCCACCUACUUGAUCCACAUCCGUGUGCAGCAGAGGUACGGCUACAGUCUGUUCCAGCGAGCUGCAACUCUGACAGCUCGGUUUCUGCACUGAAUGGACUAUUAACGGUUUAAAUGCAAAUGAAAGCCAAAGAAUUUCACCCUCUCUGUAGGUCUGACAAUGAGUCCUAAUUGAGGUUUUGUGUUUUGAGAAGAUUUCAGCUUUUUAAUUUGCCCUACAGCACGCUGAUUUGCAGCCAUCCAGGGACCGGAUAUUAUUCUAGUGUUAAUUAGAGACAUCGGUUCAACAUUCACACUUAUGUGGUUGUAAAAAAAAAAAAAAGAAGAAAAAAA